ACCGUUUUCGAGGGCGAGCUCGUCGGGGUAUCGCUCGCACUCGACAUGCUAGCGAAAGAACGAGGUGCAGAAGGGUGCCAAGUCGCAGUAUACGUUGACAGCCAGGCGGCACUCCAGGCUUUACGAGAGCCGUCGUCGACGAGCCCAGGUCACUACCUGAUCCCCCCAAUCUGGCGACAGGCGAAGAAAAUCAGCACGGAGAUGACAGGGACCGAGAUAGAAAUGGUAUGGUUAGCGGGGCACAAGGGGAUAAGAGGGAACGAGGAAGCGGACAAGGCCGCGAAGGACGCAGCGACGGAAGGGAAGAGGGCGAACGAGAAUAGAAAGCUACCGAACCACCUCAAAGGGGAGCUCCCAGCGAGCGUUUCAGCACUAAAGCAAAACCUCAAGAAGCGAAUCAAGGACAGCUGGAUCAGACAA